CCUUUCUCAUUUUCUCCAUCAGUAGUAAAGAAUUUCAUUGCCGAAACUUUCUUAGGCAGCCCUGUUCAAUACAAUUAGAUUAUCUUCAGUUGUUUUUAUAAUGAGAAUUUCUGUUAUUGUUUAUAUAUGUAAUAUAAACAGAUUAGCAAAGGAGGGAUAAGAUAAUGGCUUUUUAACUUGAUAAAGCUUUUUAGGUACUUAAUCUUUGUUGAGGUCAAAAGCGCUUCAAAUACCAGAGGAUUUAGUGUUAAUGAUAAAACCAUUUUGAUAAUGUUAAACAUCUCUUGAUAUCAUAUGGUUAAUCCAGCUAUUGUGCAUGGUGUUUUCAAGACAAAACAGAUAAAUAAACUGGCUGGUGUAUAAUGAAACCAAAAAAAAUAAAAAUCUUUAUCAUCUUGACCUUACCAUUGUGGUUCUUAAAUUUUUGAAAGAUUUUUAUUCUUCCACAUGCCACCACGAAGGGAAUUGAUUGCUAAUCUUCCAGACCUGAAAGUCUGAUAAAUUGAUUUUAAGGUAGAGAUAAAGCCAGCAUGCAAAAAGAGAUAGAAAGAAAAAAACACCCAAGUCAGGUAGCUCAGUAUAUUGAUUCAUUUCUUCUUUUUCCACUGCAGUGCAUUUUCACUCUGUAUUUGAUAUAUAGUAGUGCAGAAAACAUCCUGCGGUUUUUAUUUGAAGGUGCUGACUGUGGCGAUUUUUUUUUUAUUAUUGAUUUCCCAGAAUGUCCAUUCAUAUCUUUCCCUUCAUUGACCCCAGUGGUGUAAAAGAUAUAUUAUCUUCAGCAUAUCUGAGGCUGCACUUGAUGAGAUGGGGCUGGGAUAUAUAAUUGGAAAUUGAAUGGCACCAUGAGUGAGAAUGAAAGCCAUGCAAGAUUAUACGCACAUAUGCUUCUUCAACUCUCAGUUUUUUCGUUCGUGCUGAGUUUGACAAUCCACAAGUUACCAGACAAACUUCUGCUUCACAUCUUUUCGUUUCUGAAGCACCAAGAGCUAGGAAAAGUAGCCCGUGUGUGUAAAAAAUGGCGGCUGCUGGCCUACGAUCCUCGAUUAUGGAAGAGCGUCUCGCUGAGGCCAGAAUACGGGGGACUACACGUGCACUACGUGGACGCCUUGCUUACCCUGAUUGGAAUAAGGUUCGGAGCCACCAUGAAGUAUAUCGAGCUUCCGUGUGAGCUUAUAACGUCACCCGUUUUACAUGACCUUGCAAACAAGUGUCCGAAUCUAGCUUACAUGACAUUAGACUUUGCCAAUGCCAUGCAGCUGCAUGACUUCAAUGAUCUCAAUGCCUUUCCAUGUAACCUCCGGAGUCUGUGUAUAUGUCUGUCGGAGGUGAUUUUCUUGGAGGGGUUUAUGAGGAGGAUCUACAGUUGUCUGUCCUCCUUGGAAGUUCUCCAUCUGAUAGGUACUUUUGAAAUGUCAAUGGAGGCUGAGGAGGACAUCUACGAAGUUAUCAACAUCGGGAAGAUUAAGGCCCACACGCCCAACCUCCGGAUAGUCAAUAUGUACGGCAUCACCUUCAUUGAUGACUCGCACAUCGAGUUGCUCACCUCCAACUGUAUCCACAUAGAGACUCUGGCCCUCAACUUCUGUCUCCGGGUCAAGGGGUCCUCCUUCAAGUCCUUGGUGCAACGAUGCAAGAAGCUCAAAACUCUUCUAUUGCAACAUACUGGGGUGGAAGAUCAUCACAUGAUGGCUGUUCCCUGGGAGACCUCCAUUAUCUCUGAACUAGACCUGACUUCGACCGAACUCUCAACAGAGUGUCUAGAGAACAUUCUUCUGCGCAUGCCAGGCUUCACCUAUCUAGCAUUAGGAUAUUGUGAAUUUUUCUCAGAUAGGAUUUUGGAUCAUUUGUCACAGAAAGGAAAAUUCAACAAUCUAAAGGCCUUGGACAUUAGCCACACCCAUGCCCUGUCUGAGAACGCCAUCUACCAGUUCCUGCAAUCUCACGGACACCAUCUGACAGGACUCAUGUGUUGCGGGAAACCCAAACUUACCGAGAAUUUUUGGCUUAAUGUCAUUGGAUUCCUCACUAGCAUUAGAAUUUGUGUACUGGGAACUGCCAAUGGAUGGUUUCUCCGGAUCCAGAGCAAGGUGCACAUUGAUCAGGUGAUAGAGGGCUUUGCACAGAACUGCUCUCGACUGGAGAGACUGGAGAUCCAAUGGGAUCCAGACACAAUCCGAUUCAGCGACAAGAGCAACAAGUUUGUUGAUCACAUCAGGUUGCGGUGCCCCCAUCUGAAAUCUCUGACUCUAAGUGAUGGGGAGUACUACGAAAUGGUCAAGUCUAACUUUGAGCGUGCUGACAGACUGAAGGUGGUUCGAACCACCACAAACUACUGCACCAGUAUCGUCAGCCUGCUGAAUUGUUAUAAGGAUCUCCUCUUCAACUGAACCAUCUCUUUACGUGUUCAGACAUUCUAGUGAACUGUUCAACAGUGCAAUGUUGUUUCAUUUGAGGAAGAAGAAGAUAAUCUUUCGGAGUGUGAUGUUACUUGUUGGUUAAUAUUUGCGAAGUAUGAGACCCAGGUUUACCUUCAAAAUUCCACCUAGUGCCAGAAAUGAAGUCUGUGCUCCAUUUUAAUUGGAGAGCUUUUCUGAAGUCAAUGAGUUCCAUAUCUUGAUGACAUAGAUAAGACCCCACCCCACCUUGUGAUAUUUCUGUAUUGAUCUAUUGAUCUUUAGUGCAUCCAGCAAAUGGAGAGAAAUAAUGCAGUUUGUCAUAUAUUUUCAGAAAAAUGCAUAAUUAAUUUAUUUACUGUAUUUCAAAGCUGUUUUGUUCAAUAAGCUUAGAGCAGAUGAUUUAUAAUUACAAAAUUGCUUCAAGCAUUCUUGGAAUGCUGAAUUAAUGAACAUUUUGUGUUAUCAGCAGAAAAGGAUCAUUAUUGAAUGCUGUAACUUCCUCAACAUUUUUUUCAGGCCCUAUAUAUUUCUACAUUGCAUUUUCUACAUUGUGUAUGUAUAGCAAAAUUCAUUCAGUAUUUGAAAACGUUAUAAGUAUCAUCCUAACAUCUAUGUAUUUAAAACAAAGCCUAAGGCUGCAAGUUGGUAGUGAAAUUAAUAGAUACAUGUAUAUGGUACAUGUAGUGUACAACUCUUUCCAGCCAAUACUAUUCAAUAUUCACAGCAUUAUUUGAAUAUAGAUCAGUUAUUCCACUCACAUUUCAUUGUGCCAAAUGAGAUUUCUUCAAAGUAUUAGACAUAUAAUGGUGGCUUUAAUCUGUUUUCAUAUGCAAUUCUUUUUAGCAUCACCCACAGGAGCUCAUCACGAACUUUUGGUCUUCUUACUAUGUUUUACAGUAUAAUAUAUAGGGGUGUUCAGAAAGUUAGAAGACCAAAAGUUCAUGACCAGUCCCUGUGUAUUACCGUAAUUUUCCAUGUAUAAUCACUAUAUACAUGUACUAAAUUUGUACAUCACUUAGAGAGAAACAAAGUGAAAAGCAAGGAAUUUUUUUUUCCAAUUUAAUAUUUUCUUUCAAAGAACAACAACUCUGGUUCUCUUACAGCAUAAUUAUUCAAAGUCUGCUCUUCAAAGGAUUUAUGGUAAAGGUAUGGCUAUUUUGUAUGACUUUGAGUUACAAUAAGAAAAAUUUUGUCCUACGUUAUUGAAAAAAGCCAGAAGUUGAGUUAGUGCUUCAUUCCAGCAGUCAGAGAAAAAUAUUUUCAAGAACUGUUGCAAUAUUUUAUGAUCGAGUGUGAAAUUACAUGUACAUGUAUUUUAAUAUGAGUGAAAUUUAUUCAUGUCCCAUGUGAACAGCUGGACUGUUUUUUUUUUAUAGGUUAACUUAGUUGAAUUAUUUGAGAUGCAUGUUUAUAGUGCUGUGUAUGUGAAAAAACAAUACAUUAAUGGAGUUUUAUUUACUGUUAACAGAGGGUGCAGAUGUGUUGUUGAAUUGGAUAUAAAUAUCUUAAUACACUAUGCAUAAAAAUGAUCUGAUUAUCAAAAGGAAUGUGACAAUUUAUAAAAUAAAGAUGGGUGAAUUUA